CCAUCUACACAAUGCGUUUCUUCCAAUCUGCAACUGCCUUGCUGGCUGCUUCUGGCGCCGCUCUGGCUGCCCCAUUGAACAAGGCCAAGAGAACCGCAUCGGCAGCAGACAUCCAAACUUUACAGUUUCUGCACAUGAUGGAGGAGUUCGAGGCGACAUACUAUCUCGAGGGCCUCUCAGCCUUCUCCGCCGCGGACUUUUCGGCUGCCGGCUGGGCCAUUCCCGAUCUCGUCCUCGAGAACCUGCUGACUUUUGCCACUGAUCAAUCCAACCACAUCCAGUUCUGGGGUUCCGUCCUCGAGUCCGUUGGUUCCCAGCCUAUCAGCACUUGCGCAUUCCACUUCGAGCCCGUCUUGACUGACGUGGCGACUUGGCUUCAGUUCGGGCGUGAAAUGGAGUACAUCGGUAUGGGUGCGCUGAUGAGUGCGCUCACCAUGCUCGAUAGCCCGGAGAUGCUCCUCGAUGUUACCAACAUCGUCACCGUCGAAGCACGUCAUCAAACAUUGUUCAACAUCUUCAACGGCGCCGAGGCUGUGACUCAGAGCUACGACGCAGCACUCACUCCGUCUCAGCUUCUUGCGAUGGCCGGUCAGUUCAUCACGGGUUGCGAGAUUUUCCCCAUGGACCUGCCCAUGGUUCCUCAAGUCACUCACCUGUUUGCUGGUAUGCCUGCUGGUCUGGCGCUCAACUGGACUUGGGGCAACGCGACCACCCAAACAGUCAACGCUGAUGCAUUUUGGUGCCAGUGGACGUCGGGUACGGCUACUGAUGCGGUUGUUCAACCAAUCACGCAGUGCGUCUCCCCCGCCAUCAACGGUUACGUAUUCGCGUGGAUCACCAAUUCUUCCACCCCUCUCACCACCGACAUCACCACCCAAAAUGUGAACAACGUCGUUGCUGGCCCGGCCAUCGCCUUUGUUGACUCGCAGAAGGACAUCCUAUCCGAGCUUGCUGUGACUGGAACAGCGGAUGUGAAUGACAUCAACACCAUCAGCUCUGCUCAGGCCGCUGCUCUCAUGGGAUCAAGCAAUGGAACGAUGACUACUGCGUCCGGCACUGUAGUCGCAUAG